UCUACCGAUAUCGAAAUACUCUACACUGCAUCCCAACACCUCAGACUCAACUCCUCCACGCAACUACUGCAGUCAGAAUGCCUCUCGUCGCCCCGCAAAUCUCAGGGGAUGUGGUGCCCCAGACUCAAGACUGGACGAACAGGCUGAUGGGAAAGACGAUCGGAGACGAAAACAAUGCGACUACUUUCGCAAUGGCCGACCUGCCCGAGAACACACGGAUCAUCCCUGAGGGCCAGUCGGCAACCGCGGACUUUCAGGAGAACAGGCUGAAUGUCCACCUUGCGAAGGACGGGACGGUGCGCGAGGUUAACCAGGGAUAGAUGGAAUAUCCGGGA